AAACUUAGAAGGGAAGGAAGAGUGAAAUACACACAAAUAAUUAGUAAAUCAGAUCUCUUUUUUUAAAGGCUUCGAGAGUUUACAGUGUCUCCAACAGGACUCCAAGGCACUCUACAACUGCUGACCCCGAUAACAAAACUUCCACCGGAGAGCCCAUAUCCACCAUCGCUUCUGCUGAAAAAGCUGGCUCAGACAUGGUCUUUAGGAGAUUUUUUGGUAUGAUGAUUGGCUGCCUCGGAUUAAGUGAUCAGCCUACACUGCCAUCUCCUUCUGAGGCUGCUGAAACACAGCCAUUAGAUCUAGCUGAAGUAAACAAAUCACCAAGAAUCAGGCUGAGUGAUGGAAGAUACUUGGCUUACAGAGAAGUGGGAGUCCCCAAGGAUAAGUCCAAUUUUAGAGUAAUUUGUGUUCAUGGCUUUGGCAGCUCCAAAGAAAUGAACUUUUUAGCACCCGAGGAACUAAUGGAUGAGUUGGGAAUAUAUUUCCUCUUAUUUGAUCGAGCUGGAUAUGGGGAGAGUGAUCCAAAUCCAAAACGCUCAGUAAAAAGUGAAGCAUCUGACAUUGAGGAACUAGCUGAUCAGCUAGAACUAGGACCCAAAUUCUACGUAAUGGGAGUUUCUUUGGGUUGUUAUCCUGUCUGGAGUUGCCUCAAACGUCUACCACAUAGGCUAGCAGGUUCUGCGCUCAUAGUCCCUAUGAUCAAUUACAAGUGGCGCACUCUUCCAAAAGAUCUGGUAAAGGAUGACUACCGGAAGAACCUUUGCCGAUGGAUUAUCUGGCUUUUACGCCAUACUCCUGGACUGCUACAUUGGUGGUUGACUCAAAAAGUUUUCCCCUCAUCCAACGUUCUUGAUAAAAACCCUGCAUUCUUUAGCUCGAAAGACCUAGAAUUCUUGAGUAACACUAAAGGAUACCAGUUUAUUUGCUCAGGUAAUUUUCUUUGUGCAAAUUGUUUAAAAGAGAAGGGAAGUUUGUUCUUACAACAAUAUCCUAAGCAAGGCACUAGUCUGUUGUAUCCUUUUGUAAAGCUGAUGAAAGAUUGACCAUCUCAUUUUACCUAUUUGUACAGAAUGGAUUUAAGGAUCGCCACACGUUUGAGUCCAUU